UCAAAUGUCACUAUAACACGAGUCCCGGAGCCGGGCGCCAGUGCCUGCAGCCGGUCCUGUCCACAGGGAGCUCCAGCCCUUCUUACACGAGACCCGCAGACAAAACCCACCUUCACCAUGUCUGACGAGGAAGUUGAACAGGUGGAGGAGCAGUACGAAGAAGAAGAGGAAGCCCAGGAGGAAGCUGCAGAAGUCCAUGAGGAAGUUCAUGAGCCAGAGGAAGUUCAGGAAGAGGAGAAGCCGAGACCCAAACUCACUGCUCCUAAGAUCCCAGAAGGGGAGAAGGUGGACUUCGAUGACAUCCAGAAGAAGCGUCAGAACAAAGACCUCAUGGAGCUCCAGGCCCUCAUCGACAGCCAUUUUGAAGCCCGGAAGAAGGAGGAAGAGGAGCUGAUUGCUCUCAAGGAGAGAAUCGAGAAGCGCCGUGCGGAGAGAGCAGAGCAGCAGAGGAUUCGCGCAGAGAAGGAGAGGGAGCGCCAGAACAGACUGGCCGAAGAAAAGGCCAGAAGGGAGGAGGAGGACGCCAAGAGGAGAGCAGAGGACGACCUGAAGAAGAAGAAGGCCCUGUCCUCCAUGGGAGCCAACUACAGCAGCUACCUGGCCAAGGCUGACCAGAAGAGAGGCAAGAAGCAGACGGCACGCGAAAUGAAGAAGAAGAUUCUCGCCGAGAGACGCAAGCCGCUCAACAUCGACCACCUCAGUGAAGACAAGCUGAGGGACAAGGCCAAGGAGCUCUGGGAUACCCUGUACCAGCUGGAGACUGACAAGUUUGAGUUCGGGGAGAAGCUGAAACGCCAGAAAUAUGAUAUCACCACGCUCAGGAGCCGCAUCGACCAGGCCCAGAAGCACAGCAAGAAGGCUGGGUCCCCAGCCAAGGGCAAAGUCGGCGGGCGCUGGAAAUAGAGAGGCCAGAAAGGCCCCUCGAGGCAGAGACCCUCCACCCUCGCGCACAUGGGAGUCGCUCGUGGGACUCCGAAUCCUCCAACCCCCACCAUCCCAGCAUGGGCUCCCUGACAAUCCUGGGGCUGGAGACGCCACCCCAGAGCCCCGCCUGAAUCUCUGUCCUUGCUGCCUCUAUCCCCCGGGGCCUGUGAAUAAAGCUGCAGACCCCCCUCCA